AAUUAUGUAAAUUAAAAAAAAUAUUGGAAGUAAACUAUGGGUCGACGAGAGGCGAAAGGGCAAAAGAGUAAAAGAGGAGAAAACCGCAAAAGUGGAAGGUGAAGUACAACGGCGGUACACCGUUAAGUGCAAAAAAAGCCAAGCCUUAGUUGCCUUUCUUGCUUUUUUUUAACUAACCCCAACCCUCCUUCUCAAAUAAAAACCCCCAACUCCGCUUGCUUUCUCAUCUCUCUCAAACCCUCUAUAGAAGUCUCUCUGUUUCUGCUAUUCAAAUUUCAAAAUUCAACUAUGUCUUGCUUCAAGGGCAAAUACACCGAUGAGCUCAUUGCCAAUGCUGCUUACAUUGGCACCCCUGGAAAGGGUAUUCUUGCUGCUGAUGAGUCUACUGGCACCAUUGGCAAGCGUCUAGCAAGCAUCAAUGUUGAGAAUGUUGAGGACAACAGAAGGGCUCUUCGGGAGCUCCUCUUCACAACCCCUGGUGGCCUCCAAUACCUUAGCGGUGUGAUUCUUUUUGAGGAAACCCUGUACCAGAAGUCUAAUUCAGGCAAGCCUUUUGUUGACAUCUUGAAGGAGGGUGGUGUCCUCCCUGGUAUUAAGGUCGACAAGGGUACUGUUGAGCUUGCUGGUACCAAUGGUGAGACUACAACCCAGGGUCUUGAUGGCCUUGGCCAGCGUUGCCAGAAAUAUUAUGAAGCUGGCGCACGUUUUGCCAAAUGGCGUGCUGUGCUCAAGAUUGGCCCCAAUGAGCCAUCUCAGCUUGCCAUCAACGAGAAUGCAAAUGGAUUGGCCAGAUAUGCCAUCAUCUGCCAGGAGAAUGGCUUGGUCCCUAUUGUGGAGCCUGAGAUCUUGGUUGAUGGGCCUCAUGACAUUAACAAGUGUGCUGAGGUUACUGAACGUGUUCUUGCUGCAUGCUACAAAGCUCUCAAUGACCACCAUGUCUUGCUUGAGGGAACUCUUUUGAAGCCCAACAUGGUGACCCCCGGAUCAGAAUCCAAAAAGGUCGCACCUGAGGUCAUUGCUGAGUACACAGUCCGUGCCCUCCAACGCACUGUGCCUGCUGCUGUUCCUGCUAUUGUGUUCUUGUCUGGUGGCCAGAGUGAGGAGGAAGCUACCCUCAACCUCAAUGCCAUGAACAGGCUCAAGACCAAGAAGCCAUGGUCGUUAUCCUUCUCCUUUGGACGUGCUCUUCAGCAGAGUACACUCAAGGCUUGGGCUGGCAAGGAGGAGAAUGUAAAGAAGGCUCAGGAUGCAUUCCUCGUCAGGUGCAAGGCCAACUCAGAGGCAACUCUUGGAACUUACAAGGGCGAUGCCACUCUUGGUGAGGGUGCUGCAGAGAGCCUCCAUGUUAAGGACUACAAAUACUAAGAGGUUUCAAGUGUGUUUGAAAGUUGUGCAGAGUAAUAGGCUUUCUUGUCUCAUGCAAUAGUAAUUGUAGGGUUUUUUCUAUUGUUUCCCUCUCGGCCCAAAAUUGAAGUAGCAUAAUAAAAAGCUGAAGGAGUAUUGGUGUGUUGAAUUUGAAUGGUUUUGGACAGUUUCGGCGGAGAACUGUUUAUGUUUUUGUUUCCAACAAUUUUAAUGAAAUUUGAAUGAUUUGUCA